AUGCUCGGUCUUGUUUCAUAUGAUAGCAGUGACGAGGACGAGGUCGUGAUCAAGACACCUCUCGAAUCAACGCGCAAUGAAAAGCUUCCUGCCACGGCCCCGCCAGCAGAUCAGACCAGAGACAAAAUCCCUGUCCAUCAUGUGCACAAAUUUCCGCCCACAAGUACAGCCUCCAACGAAGCCCCAAGUGGCCCUGUUCUCGGUCCUGCAUCUGGCCCAACACCGAUCGACCAGGCGCAGUCACCAGAUACCCGUACCGAAACCGACCGCUCCUCUCCUUUCUCGGCAUCACGAGCUUUGAUUCAAGAUCUCACGCUCCCUCCAGUCCCCAACCUGGACAUUCCACCGUCUCCUCCCGGGUCUCCCGAUCCUGCGGCAAACGCCAAGUUCGAGCAUUUCCUGUCUCUCAAGAAGCAGGGUGUUCACUUCAAUGCAAAGCUUGCCAACUCGUCGUCUCUUAAGAAUCCCAGUUUAUUAAAGAAGAUGAUGGAACACGCGGGUAUCGACGAGCAAUCCCAAUAUGAUACGGCCUUGCCGGCAGCCUUGUGGAGUACUUCCAACCUUCCCAAAUGGAGCUUCAAGGAAGAACUUUUAAGAACCCAACAAGAAAUCCGGCAGCAAACGGAAGAGAAGAAGUCAUCCGGCCAGAGGUCUUCCAUUGAUUUUGUGUCCGGUUCGGAUACAAAAAAAAAAUCCAAUGCAUGA